AUGUCCGAGGAAGCAAAUUUAAAAGCUAAAAAAGCGUCGUUAAAAAGGGAAAUUGAAACUCGGUUAGAGAAUAUUGAACCUGGGCUAAACGAGUUUACUGAAAUUAUUUUACAAUUAGGUAUUUUAAUAAAUAAUGUAGAGGAACUUGACUUGGAAGAAGCCGAAUAUGAGAAAAAAUAUUUUGAAGUAGUGGGUAAAGCAAAAUCCAUUAUUAAAAUUUAUUAUAAUGAAUCAGAUAAAAAUUCGGCACAAGAUCAAUUUGCUCCAGGCUCAGCAAGUAUUAAUAAUAGUUUAAAUAAUAUUGGUAUAACAAAUAAUCCAUGUAUUAAACCAUCAAUAAAAUUGCCCCCCAUAACCUUGCCAAAGUUUAAUGGUCAUUAUUGUUCUUGGUUAGAAUUUAAGGAUACUUUUACAAGUUUGAUUGACCAAAAUGAGUGUUUAAAUGAAACCCAAAAGUUUUUUUAUUUAAAAUCCUCGUUGGAUAAAAGUGUCCUUGAAGUUAUUCAAUCGGUAGAAGUUACUGCCAAUAAUUAUAAAGUUGCGUGGCAAAUUUUAGUGGAUAGGUUUGAGAAUAAAGCCUUAAUGAUUCACAAUCAUAUUCAAAGUAUUUUUGAGCAUCCUAAAUUAACUCAUGAGUCACACAAAGAUUUAAGACAUUUAUACGACACAGUAACUAAACAUUUAGGUUCACUAAAAAGUUUGGGAGAAAACACUGAUUCUUUGGGAUCGAUUAAUAAUUUAUAUCUUGGCAAAUAA